CUAUAUCAUAUUUUUAAGACCUAGUCAAAAUGGCUGCCAAACUGUAGGAGGCAUAUUGAAGGCUCAGGGUCUGAAAGAAAGGGCACUCAAACAUUCUUGAAGCAUGGUGUUGUUAAAAAUAAAGUUCCCCUUCCAAAAGAGGGUGCGUCUGGCCCAGGGUCUCUGGCUGCUUUCAUGGGUGGCCAUGUUCUCUGGAGCCAUCACCUUUGCUAUAGGGGUCUUCCUCAAAACUGAGCUACAUCGCAGAUCAGAGGUAAUGCACAGUAUGGACAUCCACAUUGUGCCAAAUCUGCUGAUGGCAGUGGGGUUAGCAUCAGUGGGCAUCAACAUCUGUGCUGGUAAAGUCUGCCAGGACUCACUGGACACCUCCCGUUUCCCACGCUGGAAGACAUUUCUUCCUCCGUUCUUCUGCUUCUCUGUCUUCAUCACCUCCCUGCUGCUGGUGGCCAUGAUUCUGAGCUUUGCCCUGCAGCCCAGCCUGGAGGAGUCUCUGAAGAUUGGGCUGAAGAACGGCAUCCAAUUCUACAAGGAUACAGACACACCAGGCCGUUGCUUCCAGAAGGAGAUUAUUGAUCGUUUACAGAUUGAGUUCCAGUGCUGUGGUAAUACUAACUACAGGGACUGGUUUGAGGUGCAGUGGAUCAGCAGCCGCUACCUGGACUUCACAUCCAAAGAAGUGAAAGAUCGUGUGAGGAGUAACGUAGACGGCCGAUAUCUGUUGGAUGGGGUCCCAUUCAGCUGCUGUAACCCUGCCUCCCCCCGGCCCUGCAUCCAGUACAGUCUCCUGGACAACUCUGCCCAUUACAACUACGAGUACCAGACUGAAGAGCUGAACCUGUAUAACCAAGGUUGCCGCCAGGCCCUUGUCAGCUACUACAUGGGUUUAAUGAACACCAUCGGCCCUUGUGUUCUAUUUGAUUUCCUUCUCCAGAUGACCAUUCUGGUGAGUCUGCGCUAUCUGCAGACUGCAAUGGAGGGUGUGAUUGGACAGGAGAAUGUGGAGAUCGAGACAGAGGGAUACAUCCUGGAGAAGGGAGUGAAGGAGACAUUGCUGGAGACUAAAGAAAAGGUGAAGAAGCUCCUCCAGUUCGCUCAGGUGGGCGACGCAUCCGCUACGACCCCGGGCACACAGCCAGAUGAAGAAAAGCCAGCCACAGCCUAAAAGACCAGGUGUAAUUGUUUAUAAUGAGUGCUCAUGUGCACAUGAGUGCUAACUGUCCUUGAUUAUCAUCAGCCAAAGGGAAUACAUCAUCAUAAUUGCAAUGUAACAUUGUUACAUCAUUAUAUCGUUAAAUGGAGUCAUCAAGUUACCCAAAAAUUUGAGGUAAAAACCAGUAACCUCUUAAAACGCUGGAAACUGUUAAUGCAAAACCUGACAAUACCAAAAUACCCUUUUGACAAUUAUAUAUAAAGUGAAGAUGUAUAAAGAAGAGUUAAAGCAGAAAAUUCCAAGUAAAUGAAGGCAAUUAAAUAGUACAUUUCAUCACAUGCGGUCUGUAGAUGUUUUGCUGCUUCAUGCUUUGCUUAAAUAGACAAAAAUUAAGAGUUGAAAUUGCAAAAGAUACAUGCGAAAAAUAAAGAUUUGAGUUUUUAACUGA